AUGAAGAAGCUAAGCUGCCAGGGCAAGCCCAGAGGAGGCAUUGGCAGAAUGAUGAGAGAGCACAAGUCCAGGCUCUACAUCAUCCGGCGAUGCAUCGUCAUGCUUCUUUGUCACCACGACUGA